AACGUCAUCGCCGGCGGUCGUCGAAAGAGAAUCGCACUCGUAGUCGCAGUUCUAGACAGUAUCCGCAGGCGGAAGGAGCUUAAUUUCGACGCGAUCGCAACCGGCAGCGUGUAGAGCAUUUAAUAUUGCUAAUAAGUCCCCCUUGGUGUUCAUAUUUUACUUCCACUUAACCUUAAGGCAGCAAUCGUAACUUGAUCGACUGCAAAAAACACGCGUGAAUCUGAUAGGCUGUGACACUUGUGCUUUCGACGAAAUGGCUGGUUUGAUCCAACGGCACGGUUCCUUUCUGGUGCAUCGAUUUCUCACCAGUGGCAAGAAGAUUGCCCGCUGCAGAUCUGUGCCGUUUUCGGCAAGAAUUCACACCAGUAGCCAGCUGGCGAAGCUAGUUUCCUUCAAUCUGUCUGACAUUGGUGAAGGCAUCCGAGAGGUAACCGUGAAGGAAUGGUACGUCAAGGAAGGAGACAAUGUCGAGCAGUUUGACAACCUAUGCGAAGUGCAGAGUGAUAAGGCAUCCGUCACCAUUACCAGCCGUUACGAGGGUAAAAUUGUUAAGCUACACAAACAGGUAGACCAGAUUGCCCUCGUCGGUAGUCCGCUACUGGAUUUUGAUGUAGAAGAUGAGGAUGCAGGUGAAAGUAGCAGUAGCAGUAGCAGUUCGGAAUCCGAUGAGGAAGUGCUACAGCAACCGGUGAUGGCUGCUGCGGGACACGGAGGAACCAUGGUUGCGUUGACACCCUGUGGUAAAGUACUUGCCACGCCCGCAGUUCGCCGGAUAGCCAUGGAGCAUAAAGUUGACUUACACAAGGUGAAACCAACCGGUCGAAAUGGACGCGUCCUGAAGGGAGAUGUUCUGGAAUAUUUGAAUAUAAUCCCAGAAGGAACUGUCAAACCGCAUCCUACAUUGCUAAGAGGGCAAGCGCCUGUAACCAGUCAAGUGGAGAAAGAUAAGACAACACUCGAAACUGUUGUACCACUCAAGGGAGUAGCUAAAAUAAUGGUUAAAUCAAUGACCGAAUGUUUGAAAAUACCUCAUUUCGCAUACAGCGACGAAAUCGAUGUUUCCAAACUGGUCAGCAUGCGAGAAAGCCUUAAAGAGGAAGCCCUUGCUCAGGGGGUCAAGCUGACGUUUACGCCUUUCUUCGUGAAGGCCGCUUCAAUCGCGCUCAAGCAGUUCCCCAUUUUGAACAGUUCGUUCGACGCAGCCAACGAAAGCUUAAUUUAUAAAUCCUAUCAUAACAUAAGUAUCGCAAUGCAAACCCCCCAAGGCUUGGUGGUACCAAAUGUGAAGAACGUCGAACGAAAGUCAAUCCUCGAAAUCGCAGUCGAUUUAGGUGCCCUUCAGGAGCGAGGACUUGCUGGUCAUCUUACACCAGGCGAUUUCGCCAACGGAACGUUCUCCCUUUCCAACAUUGGGAUGGUCGGUGGCACUUACACUCAUCCUUGCAUCCUGGCACCACAGGUGGCAAUCGGUGCGAUCGGACAAACUCGACGACUGCCCCGAAUCGAUGCCAGUGGAAAUGUGGUUGGGGCUCACAUUAUGACGGUCAGCUGGUCAGCGGAUCAUCGGGUUAUCGAUGGUGUUACUAUGGCGAGCUUCUCGAACGCGUGGAAAAAGUGGCUCGAAAAUCCUCACCUCUUUUUACUGGCUGCCAAGUAGAGUCGGGCGGACACGGGAAUAAAAAUCUGUAACGAAUGCAUUUAAUAACAGAUUCCAUUCUGAUGCUACAUGAA